AAAUAUGGAAAUUAGAAUUGGCACAAAAGGAUAUUUUUGCUCCUUUGUUGCUGAGUUAUUAUGAUUUGCCCCCUCCAGUAAAGCUGUGCUUCGUGUGUUGCGUUCUUUUUCCCAAAGAUCACCACAUUUUUCUUCACAUACUAAUUGCACAAUGGAUGGCGAUGGGUUAUUUAGGGUCGGAUGGUAAUGCAGAUUUGGAGUCAAAAGGGGAAGAGUACUUUCGCAUCUUAGUAGACCGCUCUUUCUUUCAAGAUCUUGAAAUGCAUAAUGGAAAGAUUUAUUAUUGUAAGAUGCAUGACAUAGUACAUGAUUUUGCUCAGUAUUUGGCGGAGAAUGAGUUUACGAUCAAAGAGAUCAACUCAGACCAUUUGACUAUAGAUGGGUCAAAGAAUCGUCACUUGACAGUGAUGAUUGAUAAAGGGAUCCCUUUUCCUACAUCUAUUUCUGGUGCAGAAAAAUUGCGAGCCCUUAUAACUUUCACUGGAGAGGGUGCACUGACUUAUGAGGCCUUGCGUGGCUUGUUUAAUCAUUGCAGACGCUUAAGGGUAUUGAGUUUUGGUUGGCCUGAUAGAACUGAUAAUUUAUGCAAAGAACUUCCCGAAGGAAUAGGGAAAUUGAUACACUUGAGAUUCCUUCACUUGGGUUCUAAUCAAAAAUUAGAAAGGCUGCCUGAAGCACUCUGCAACGUACUUAAUUUGGAGUUUUUGGAUUUGUGGUGCUGCGAAAAUCUCAAGCAGUUGCCAGAUUCAAUAGGAAAAUUAAUCAACUUGAGGUAUCUUUGUACUGUUGGUUGCUCUGCUCUCACUCAAUACCCAAAAGGCGUUCAGAAAUUGGCUUCUCUUAGACAUCUAACUGGGCUCAUUGCCAGAGCUGAUCGUAAUGAUGCUAAAGAAUUUUGCCUUGCCGAUCUUGGAAACUUGAAGCACCUCCAUCUACUGUAUUUGAAAGUAGUAGGGAAUUCAAUCGAUAUGGAGCAGGCUAGAAAAGCUCAACUUCAGGACACCCAGUGGUUGUGUAUAUUUUUGGCUGGCAGUAUUCAGAGAGCAGACAUAAUUGAAGCCUUGGACCCACAUCGAAACAUACCACAUUUAGGGUUCUCCGGCCACUACGGGUUCGAUUAGCGCCCAGCAUCCUAAUGAAUACAAAAGGUAAUCCAUUUAUCCCAUAAAAAUGUUAUUUUUUC